ACCGAGAUGGACAUAGGGACGACAGAUAUGAGAGGUUGGAUCGAGACGGAUACAAGAGUGGCAGAUAUGAGAGAGGGGAUCGACCCGAUGAUUCGCGCGGGCGAUACGACUGAGGAGACCGACGUGAUGAUUCACGAGGGCGAUACGACCGAGGAGACCGACGUGAUGAUUCACGCAGGCGAUACGACCGAGGAGACCGACGUGAUGAUUUGCGCGGGCGAUACGACCGAGGAGACCGACGUGAUGAUUCGCGCGGGCGAUACGACCGAGAAGACCGACAUGAUGAUUCACGCGGGCGAUACGACCGAGGAGACCGACGUGAUGAUUCACGCGGGCGAUACGAACAUGGAGACCGCCGCAAUGAUUCGCACAGCAGGAAUGAGAGAGGAGGAUAUGGCAGGAGAUGAUCAUAUCAAAAGAGAUUGUCCGGAUCUCAAACGGGCAAUAGAUGAGGGAUUUGUCGUGUUUGAUGACCGCAAGUACAUCAAGUGGGCAAAUGAUCUGGGAGACGUAUCGAUGUUCCUUUCGAUGAAGGAGAAUGUCGAAGCAAGGAGAGUAAAGUCGAGUAAAGGAAAGGAGCCGGUCAGGAGCCAGAGCAUCAAGAUAACUUUCGAAGGAGACAUGGCGACCACACCCAUAAGGGUGGCAACUACCAAGUCCGCAAGAGGGUCUACAUCGAAGAAGACUGACACGGAUUACGUGACGGCGGAGAAGGACGGACAGCGGAUCGAUAGAGAGGAGGUUAUUCUUUCACCGCGGAAGCGGGGAGUGGAGAAGUUAUUGAUGAAAAGUUCGCUAGAUGAGAUUGACACGGUCAAGCCGCUGAGACGGGCCCUUCGGCAACCCAUGCAGUGCUCUAUUCUGGAUGAGGCUGUCAUUAUAGACGAGGAUCUGGCAGUACAGGUUGGAUUGGGCCUCGAUAGGUCAUACCUAUUCGAGAUAGAAACGGUUGAUGGGAGAAAGCAACAGAUCACCGGGGUUUGUCACAAGGCAGCUAUAGAGGUCCAAGGAGUACGAGUGACCCUGCCUGUCUUUGCAGUCAAGAAAUGCAGCUCCGAUCUGCUCUUGGGACGAACGUGGUUGAGCCACGUGCAUGCAGUGACGAUAGAGCGACCGGACGGGAGCCAGACAUUGUCCAUUAAGAAGCUAGAUGGGACGCGGGUUAUGAUUGAGACGGUGGAGCCUCGAGACCUGAGGAACAGAGCAGCUCUCGCUGUAGGAGCAGGACCCGGUGAUCAGAUUAAGUCAUUACCUAUCUCCGGCCGCGCGGUGCGAUUUCGCGAUAAAAAGUAUGGAUCACUGUUCACAGAGGAAGAAGGUCAGAUCGUGGAAGUGGAAGAUUUAGGGAGUCGGCUGAUAGUGGAUGGCAACUUGUACCCAAAGAAGACAGAUGAGGAAUUUGGCGGUGUGGUAUCUGUGUCUUUUUUAAGGGCACGACAUCCUAUGGGGGGCUACCCAAGCGACACAAGCGAGUAACUCAGAAGGUUAAGCCAGCGGCGGUGGGCCACGAGUGAUCUGCACUGGAAAGGAAAUCGGAAGAAGAGAUCGCAAAGGAAAUCAAGGAGAGGAAGAGAGAGGAGUCGCAACGCCUGACGGAAGAGAGGAUAGCAGGGAUGGACAUCGGAGAUGGGAACCUGACUCCUCAGGAGCGGGAGCGUGUGAUAGAGAUCCUAAAGACGUGCGAUAAGGCUAUAACCUUCAGCGACGCGGAGCGCGGUAGGAUUGACCCUCGUUACACAAAGCCAACAAAGAUUUACCCGAUUC